CUCUCUGUCUCCCUCCUCUAGCCAGUCCAUGUAUUGACCUCUCUGUCUCCCUCCUCUAGCCAGUCCAUGUAUUGACCUCUCUGUCUCCCUCCUCUAGCCAGUCCAUGUAUUGACCUCUCUAUUCGCUCCCUUCUCCAGUCAUCGGCGGUUUUACAUUUCCAGCAGGCAGCGGAGAUGUUAUUUUCGUCCCCGGUGCAGACUGCUCCAUGCCGGGGCAAGCUGGGCUUUAAGUGGGCGGUGCGCAGCGUCAUCCUGAUGACUCGCUUCUGCCGCUACUUCAUGUCCCGUUCCAACUAUCGCCAAUUCAUGGAGUUCAACUUCCGGGAGACCAUCACCAACCAGCCGGCCGGUGGAACGGGUAAAAGUCUGGUGUUUGACCUGAACCACUUCAAAGUGAAAGAGGACCGGAUCCCUGUCCUGCUGGUGGAGAUUAUGCGGAAGUGCCCAGAGGAGCGUUCUGAGUCGGAGGUGUUGCUGGUUCACAACAUGCUGAGCUCUGUGAGCAUGUUCCGUCGCUACAGUGGAACCUUGCAACUCCUUCUGGCCAGGGUGGUUCGCUAUCAGAGGUUGGAGCGUCGCAGAGUGGUCAUUAAGAAGGGCCAUUGGGGACACAGCUUCUACUUUGUGUUCUCUGGGCUCCUGGCCGUCACCAAGGACAACGACGGUAGCAGUGCCUUCGUGGAUAAGGAGCCCAUCCUCAUCAAGAAGGGCAUGAGUUUCGGGGAUGUGGCCUUGAUCAAAACGCUGAGGAGGAAUGCCACUGUGGUGUGCAUGGAGGAGACGGAACUCAUGGUGGUCGACAAGGAAGACUUCUUCGCUAACAAGAUGGACGUAGAGCUCAAGAGGGAGUUUGACUAUCGCUUCAGCUUCUUCCGGUCACUCCAGCUAGUGUCCUCCUGGUCAUACUCUCUCAUUGAACAGAUGGCUGACCAUUCCAAGGCCGAGCAAUUUCGAUACGGCCACGUGGUCGUCAAGGACACCAACGACAUGGGCAACAUCAUUUUCAUUGGCAAGGGCCAAUGUGACGUGUUGAGAGUGGUGGACCUUACCUCCUGCAGUACCUACCAACGCCUCCUAAAACAGUAUGCAGACUCAGUAAGCAGAGGUACAUGUUUGCCAACACAUGGAUUCAAAGGCGAGCUGACAAACCAACCAGGAAGUGUCAUAAAACACAAAGUCCUCCUCAAUAAUCCUCCACGUCCUCCCAGAGGACUUCCUGCAGACCUGCCCACCAGCGCCUGUUUCCUGAUCGACACCCUUCAUCAGAGCGGCACAUUUGGUCUGAACCAGUACCUGAUGCCGUCGAAGCAGAGAGACUGUCGCAGGUUCACUCUGGUCAGCCGGAGCGUGGAGAUCCUGCGGGUGGAGAAGACUCGCUUUGACAAGCUGGUGGACAACACCACCAUGAAGAAGCUGGAGGCCCUGCAGAAAACCUACCCAAGCGACGACGAGCUGUGCACUGUGUUCCUGGAACACAGCCGCUGGAAGGACUACAAACACAGUGUGAUACAGGACCUGUUCCCCGACCGGGUCGCCCCAAUCAGAAGCCCCAAAACCCAGAAGCAGCAGGUCCACUGUGGCCCCAGCCAGGCCCUUCAGCAGACCAGACACGUGGUCAACAGGCUGAAACAGACAAAGCAGAGGGUAGAGACAAACAAAAAAUAAUGAAAUAAAGGAAUAACUGUGUAGAUGAAUGAAUACAUAGACAUGGUUUUUGCUGCAUUUGUCAUUAUUUUCAUCCUUAUUCCUACCUUGCAACUAAAAACUAUUUCACGGCAUUUUAGGUUAAAAUCAGGCAGAAAUCAAAUUAUCUGCACACCUUUUCUCAAGAAGAAUGGUUUUGAAGUAUAAUUUCUCAUGAGCGGGUCAUGAGAAAACAUACUUUAAACCCUUCUGCCCCUGCCUUUUGCUCUCUGUGAGUAGAAAGCUGAAGGAACUCGGUUGUCACUAGUUAACACAGCCACGGAGUGGAAAUUGGCUG